GGGACUGUGGAACAGUAUGCGGCGAGUGAAGGUGUUGGGCAAAACUGGGGCCGAGAUGAACGCUUGCCCAUUGCUGUGAGCGCUCACUCAUCGUUUUUUUCAUUCUCCUCUUCGUCAUCGCUGACCCUCUCAACUGUCACCCAUUUUGUUUGUUUUGGUUUUUACGGCGCUUCCGCAUCGUAUCGUUUAUUUGAGAUAUUUUAGUUACAAAAGUGUAGUUUAUGCUGUUAGUUUUAGUGGAAAGAAUUAUAGUGCGGGUAUAUAUCGAGUGUGCACUGCAGAAAUUUGUUUCCAAUAGGAUUAGUGCUUUGGUUUUGAUUUUUAGCUGCAGGUAUGUAUGGAUACUGUUGUUCGUUUUGUUCCAUGUUUUGCGUACAUUUUUAGCCUUGCCGACCGAGAAAUUUACGUAAGUAUGACUAUGUGGUUGCCGACGUUACGAACAAUCCUCCUUUUGCCGUCCGGAUAAUACAUGGAGCAGUGUAAACUAUCCGGAACAGUACGGAUAACACACGGAGCAGUAUCCACGUCCAUUUGACGAUCAACCAAAACAACGUAUGUUUCCGGAUGUCCCUCGAUUGUUUGCUAAGGCGUAACGAAGCACCGACAACGGAAGCAGCUGCUCUGUCGUGGUAUCAAAAACUUACCAUGCUGCAGCUGCUGCUGGACGAACCGACCAACAUGUUGGACAUUGAGGCGAUCAUCUGGCUGGAGAACUAUCUACAGAAUUGGCCCACCACUCUGCUGGUAGUGUCGCACGAUCGUAACUUCCUCGACACCGUACCGACCGACAUACUGUACCUGCACUCGAUGCGGAUCGAAACGUUCAAGGGCAACUACGAACAAUUCGACAAAACGCAACGGCACAAGGCACAGAGGCGCGAGUACGAAGCGCAACUGGCCCAUCGCAACCACGUGCAGGAGUUUAUCGAUCGGUUCCGGUACAAUGCGAACCGGGCCGCGAGCGUACAAUCAAAGAUUAAGAUGCUGGAAAAGCUCCCCGAACUGAAACCGGUGGAAAAAGAAAUUGAAGUGACGCUUAAAUUCCCCGAAGUAGAACCACUCAAUCCUCCCGUGAUGACACUGAACGAGGUGCAGUUUAAGUAGGAUAAGGUGAUAUUUACGAGCGUCAAUUUGGGUGCUAACUUAGAUUCAAGGAUAUGCAUCGUCGGUGAAAACGGGGCCGGUAAGACAACACUGCUGAAGAUUGUCGUGAGCCUGCUUCAACCGACGGGCGGUUUGGUCCAUUUACAUCGUGGCCUUCGGCUCGGAUAUUUCUCCCAGCAUCACGUCGACCAGCUCGAUAUGACGGUCAACAGCGUGGAACUGCUGCAGAAUGCGUACCCGGGCAAACCGAUAGAAGAGUACCGGCGAGUACUGGGAAGCUUCGGAGUAUCUGGUGAUCUUGCACUCCAAGUCGUCGCUAGCUUAUCCGGAGGUCAAAAAUGUCGUGUCGCAUUCGCAAAAAUGUGUAUGGGCCGACCGAACUUCCUGGUGCUGGACGAACCGACGAAUCAUCUCGACAUCGAAACGAUUGAAGCGCUUGGAAAAGCGAUCAACAAAUACAGCGGCGGUGUAAUUCUAGUGUCUCAUGACGAGCGAUUGAUUCGUAUGAUUUGCAAGGAGUUGUGGGUUUGCGGUGACGGUACAGUGAAGAGCAUCGAGGGAGGCUUUGACGAAUACCGCAAGAUUGUCGAGCGUGAGCUGGAAGCGUUGGCUGCCUAAUGAAAACGAUAAUCCUCGACCUUUCUACUCCCAUCCCGUACUUGCAAAGCCUUGCUAUUGUAUGCUCCCCUUUGUUCACACUAAAAAUGUUUCACAAUGCUUUUCGUAUUGAAAAAAAGCCAAACUGUUACACGUCCAAUAGGUACAAAACGCCACAAGGAAAUGUUUUAAACCAAGCAUGAUCAGGAAGCAUGAAGCCACAAGUAAAAAUAACAGCCUGCUAUGACCAGAAUAACGAGGCGUAGCGGCAAUUUUCCUGCCCAAGAAUUUUUCUCGAGGCCGCACAAUCAGCAAGUUGCACCGAGAGUACAAAUGCAACGAUGUGCAACCUGUCGCUACACUUUAAAGGACGCUGCUUUCGAUUGAAGCAUUGGUUUGUGUUUACCAUUUUAUACUCUACAAGCACACUCUGGACUGAGCAUGUUGCAGCUAAAUGCGGACGAAACAACCGACUUAUUUAGUAUUAAUAUUUAAAUUAAUGUAGAAUUAUUUUAACUUUUAUAAAUGGCAACAUGAACAUCAUGUAGUCGACGAUUGGUUUAUGCUAUAAAAUGUUUGUUUAGUCAGGACUAAUUUUAGAAUGUAAGCAAGUAAUUUUGUGAAUUAACAUAGUUAUUAAGUCUAUUUAAUGUUAAUUGUACACAAUUUUAUGUUUUAAAUUAAUUAUAAUGCUCAUUUA